AUGAGUACCCGCGCGUCCUUUCAAUGUCACUUCCCGGGUUGUGGAUUAAGCUAUCGACGGAAGGAACAUCUCACCCGACAUGCGCGACGACACUUUCAGUCGGACUCGUUUGAAUGUCCGUUUUGCGAUCGACGUUUUGCCCGGAAUGAUACGCUCCGUCAACAUGUCCGCACCCAUCACGAGGAUAAACAGCUCCAACCCGGUCGCACAAUUCGAGCGUGCAAUUACUGCUGCUCGCGAAAGUCCAAAUGUGACGGAAAGGCUCCGUGCGGAGCCUGUGUGCGGCGAGGCAUUGAUUGCUCCUUGGGGUGCUCGAGUCGGGGCCGCCAAGUUCAACAAGCCAGUCGCGCCGGGAGUCCAACCGCCGGACCGGUAGUGGAUUCCACCAAUUUGGUCCCCGUACAUAACUUGGACGCAAUUGAACACAGUCCCUCUAGAGCGUUAAUUUAUAUCCAGGUGUUCUUCGAGAAGUUUCACUCCACAUGGCCAUUUCUACACCGCGCAACCUUCGAUCCGGACCAUGAGCCCGCUCUUCUCUUGCAAUCCGUCAUGAUGAUGGGAUUAUGGUUGACUGGGAAAGAGGAUGCCCGGAGGGCCGCGACGGAUCUGCACUCGAAACUUCUGGUGUCGAUCCAUCAACAGCGAGAUAAAUGGGAAGCACCAAGCCCGCACAACGCAGAACCCCCCUCGCCCUGGCCCAUGGCAACAUACCAAGGAAUCCUGCUCCAAAUCAUUUUCGCCCUCCUUCAAGGUAAUCAAGGUCUCAACCUGCAGCUAACUCACGAACUCCCCACCCUCCCCUUGCAGCUCCUAAAAGCCCUCGUCCGCACCUGCCUCGAGCGCCAAAUGUUCUUCUACCCCUCGAUUGUCGCUCAGUUCAAAAACACCCUGCCCGACGUGUACAUUUGGGUGGGCGUGGAGGAAGUCAAGCGCUUUGCCCUUGCCCUGUACAAAGUCUGUCGAUCCUGCCGGGUCCCUGACAUCGGUGCAUCGUCGCAGGGCCGGAGUUUGCUCUCGCUCGCGAAUUUGCAAUUCGCGCCUCCCGAUAGCGAUGAACUCUGGCAUGCGAGCUCGGACUUGGCCUCGCGGCUGGCGGAGGAUCGGAGCGCGUAUGGCGAGAGGAAUUCAGACGCGAGGUGGAUUAGUCAGACGGCGAGUGUGCUACAGCCUGAUGGGGGUUUUUGUUGGUUCUGA